GAGCGGCCGCGGAGGCCAACUGCGCCCGCCCAUUCCCGGGGCAGCCUCCUGCUCUCGGGCUCGGGCGAGGCGCCACCAGCGACGCGCGCGGGGAGCCGGGGACAGCGGCCCAGCAGCCGGCGCCGCGAGGGAGCGCGCCCCAGCGCAGACCGGAGCCACCCGCAGCCGGCGCCCGCCUCGGCCGCCCGCGGACGCCACCCGCCCGCAGGGCACGGAGUACCACGUUGUUAUCAUCUCCCUGUGAGUGGGACUGGCACCCCAGCUGUACCUCCGGGCACAGGUGCUCCACGAAACACAGACUCCUGCCUGCGAACAGCCUGCUUCACCAGGCCCCAGGGAUGGAGGAGGUGAUAUGGGAGCAGUACACUGUGACCCUGCAGAAGGAUUCCAAAAGAGGGUUUGGAAUUGCAGUGUCCGGAGGCAGAGACAACCCCCACUUUGAAAAUGGAGAAACGUCCAUCGUCAUUUCUGACGUGCUUCCCGGCGGGCCCGCCGACGGGCUGCUCCAAGAAAAUGACAGGGUGGUCAUGGUUAACGGCACCCCCAUGGAGGGGGUACUCCAUUCAUUCGCCGUGCAGCAGCUGAGGAAAAGUGGGAAGAUCGCUGCCAUUGUGGUCAAGAGGCCCCGGAAGGUCCAGCUGGCCCCGCUGCAGGGUGGCCUUCCGCUCAACGAGGAAGACCGGGCUUUCGAGGUGAUGGAUGAGUUUGACCGGAGAAGUGCCCGCAGCGGGUACAGUGAUCGCUACAGUGAGAGGAGCCGCCUGCACAGCUGGGAGAACAGCCUGGAGAGGGGGCAUCCCCAGGACCGUCCGCGCAGCCAGGAGCGGGACCGCGGCCGGAGCCUGGAGCGGGGCCUGGACCACGGUGACUAUGGCCGAGCCCGAGACCGGAGCCGCGGCCGGAGCCUGGAGCGGGGCCUGGAUCGUGAUGACUAUGAUGGAGCCCGAGACCGGAGCCGCGGCCGGAGCCUGGAGCGGGGCCUGGACCAAGAUUACUAUGAUGGAGCCCGAGACCGGAGCCGCGGCCGGAGCCUGGAGCGGGGCCUGGACCAUGACUAUGGGCGAGGCCGAGAUAGCAGCCACGGGCGAGGCCGGAGCAUUGACCAGGCCUACGGCCGGGCCUACAGCCCGGAGGUGGAGCACAGGCACAGGGGGCAGCCCGAUGCCCGCUACAAGAUGUCCCGGAGCUGCGAGCACCUCCGCUUGGGCAGCCCCACCCCUGAGCCGAGAGGGCGGCGGGACCACGAAGCUGACAAGCCCAUCGGAGUCCUUCUGACGAAAAACAAAGCAAAUGAAGAGUAUGGUCUCCGGCUGGGGAGUCAGAUCUUCAUAAAGGAGAUGACCAGCACCGGUCUGGCAACCAAGGAUGGCAACCUGCACGAAGGGGACAUCAUCCUCAAGAUAAAUGGCACUGUAACCGAGAACAUGUCUUUGACGGAUGCUCGAAAACUGAUAGAAAAGUCAAGAGGAAAACUGCAGCUGGUGGUGCUGAGAGACAGCAAGCAGACGCUCAUCCACAUCCCAGCGCUGGAUGACAGCGACUCGGAAGAUAUCUCGGAAAUAGAGUCAAACCGGUCGUUUUCCCCAGAGGAGAGACGGCAGCCGUAUUCCGACUGUGAUUAUCAUUCCUCCAAUGAGAAGCUGAAGGAAAAGCCCAGUUCGAGGGAGGACAUCCAGAGCAGAUGGUCCCGGAUGGGCUCCACACCCACUCCCUUCAAGUGCGCGGGGGAUAUUGCAGCUGCUGCAGAGACCAGCCAGGAGCCCAAACACCAAGAGGAAGCCCCAGCUCCUCAGCCAAAAGCAUUCCCGAGGACUUUUCUUCGUCCCAGUCCUGAAGAUGAAGCGAUUUAUGGCCCCAAUACCAAGAUGGUGAGGUUCAGGAAGGGGGACAGCGUGGGCCUGCGGCUGGCUGGUGGCAACGACGUCGGGAUAUUUGUGGGCGGCAUUCAGGAGGGGACCUCGGCAGACCAAGAAGGCCUUCUAGAAGGCGACCAAAUUCUGAAGGUGAACACACAGGAUUUCAGAGGGAUGGUUCGGGAAGAUGCUGUUCUCUACCUGUUAGAAAUCCCCAAAGGUGAAAUGGUGACCAUUUUAGCUCAGAGCCGAGCUGAUGUGUACAGAGAGAUUCUGGCUUGUGGCAGAGGGGAUUCGUUUUUUAUAAGAAGCCACUUUGAAUGUGAGAAGGAAACUCCACAGAGCCUGGCCUUCACCAGGGGGGAGAUCUUCCGAGUGGUGGAUACCCUGUAUGACGGCAAGCUGGGCCACUGGCUGGCCGUGAGGAUCGGAAACGAGCUGGAGAAAGGCUUAAUCCCCAACAAAAGCAGAGCUGAACAAAUGGCCAGCGUCCAGAAUGCCCAGAGAGACAACGCUGGGGACAGGGCAGACUUCUGGAGGAUGCGUGGCCAGCGAUCGGGCGUGAAGAAGAACUUGAGGAAGAGCCGGGAAGACCUCACGGCCGCCGUGUCGGUUAGCACCAAGUUCCCCGCCUACGAGAGGGUUUUGCUGCGAGAAGCUGGUUUCAAGAGACCCGUGGUGUUGUUUGGACCCAUAGCAGAUAUAGCGAUGGAAAGGUUGGCAAGUGUGUUACCUGACCUGUUCCAAAUUGCUAAAUCGGAGCCGAAAGAUGCAGGAUCUGAGAAAUCCAGCGGGGUGGUGCGGUUAAACACCGUGAGGCAAAUUAUCGAACAGGAUAAGCAUGCCCUAUUGGAUGUGACUCCUAAGGCCGUGGACCUGUUGAAUUACACUCAGUGGUUCCCGAUUGUGAUUUUUUUCAACCCAGACUCUAGACAAGGUGUCAAAACCAUGAGACAGAGGUUGGAUCCAACAUCCAACAAAAGUUCUCGAAAGCUAUAUGAUCAAGCCAACAAGCUUAAGAAAACGUGUGCACAUCUUUUUACAGCAACCAUUGACCUAAAUGCAGCCAACGAUAGCUGGUUUGGCAGCUUGAAGGACACAAUUCAACAUCAGCAAGGAGAAGCAGUUUGGGUCUCUGAAGGAAAGAUGGAAGGGCUGGACGAUGACGCUGAAGACCGCAUGUCCUACUUAACCGCCAUGGGCGCGGACUAUCUGAGUUGCGACAGCCGCCUCAUCAGUGACUUUGAAGACACCGACGGCGAAGGAGGCGCCUACACUGACAAUGAGCUGGAUGAGCCAGCUGAGGAGCCGCUGGUGUCUUCCAUCACCCGCUCCUCAGAGCCGGUGCAGCAUGAGGAGAGCAUAAGGAAGGCCAGCCCAGAGCCACGAGCUCAGACGAGGAGGGCUACUAGCAGAGAUCAACUUAGGGACAGUAGUCCACCCCCGGCAUUCAAACCAGAGCCGCCCAAGGCCAGGACCCAGAAGAGAGAAGACUCCUUUGACUAUUCCAGAUCCUAUGAAUACAUGCCAAACUCCCCUCCCGCUGUUGCCGGUAACGAAAUUCCCGGGGCAUCUGCCAAGGGUCCUCCUCCUCCUAUUGCAGCAAAACCUACCUUCUGCAAGCCUAUAUUGAAGCCCUCCAUUCCAGUCCUUCCCCCGGAGAGUGAGGAGGCAGGAGAGGGCAGCGAGGAGCAAGAUAACGCAUCCAAGUCUGUCCUGGGCAAAGUAAAAAUAUUUGAGAAGAUGGAUCACAAGGCGAGACUCCAGAGAAUGCAAGAGCUCCAGGAAGCGCAGAAUGCAAGGAUUGAAAUUGCUCAGAAGCAUCCUGAUAUUUAUGCGGUUCCAAUCAAAACCCACAAGCCAGAACCUGGCUCGCCCCAGUUCACAAGACCCCUGGUACCACAGAAGAGUCCCUCCGCACUCUACCAGGAUGCCAGAGGGAGCUACGGCAGUGAUGUGGAGGAGGAAGAAUACCGCCAGCAGCUGUCAGAACACUCAAAGCGUGGUUACUACGGCCAGCCCUCCCGCUACCGGGACACGGAAUUAUAGAUGUCUGCGAGUUGGCUCUGCUGUACGCUGAUGUCACCACCUCAGAGCAACACUCCUGCAGAGCCAGGGAUGGUUCUGUCCGGCUAAAACGCCCCGUGGAGAUGCGGGGAGGACCCGAGCUCCCGCUUCCUCGUGGGGAGCCCAGGGGACAACCCACACAGAUUCAGAACUGUGAAGGCUCUAUUCGUGGGGCUGGGUCUGGGGGAGUUUGUGGCUUUUGCUCAGAAUUAAGAGAGAAACUGUGUUUGAUGCCGUUCCCUGCUUCAGUGGACCAAAAUCUGUAUUAAUUGUGUCUGUGUAUUUUUAACAUGUAUAUUAAGAAGUGAUAACUAUUUUUCAUUAAUAGCUGUAUUCAAGGACUGUUUCAGUCUGAGACAGAAUGUGAAAAAAAAAAAAAAAAGGAAUAAAAAUACUGUCGGACUCCAACUAAAUUCAAAGAGGUAUUUUAUUACAACGCUAAGUGCCUUUGAUGAGAAGUGUCUUAAAUGUUCUUCCUUUGAAGCUUUAUGCAAAGCCAUAAAGGACUAAAACGUUGUAACUAAAUUUUUAUGCCAGUUUAAGAGCUGUGGUUUUCUCUGCACUGUGCCCUCUUUUUGAGGCAUCUGUCUUUUUUAGUAUUUUCCAUAAAUUCUGACUGUAUAUAACAGCUAUUUUUGGUGGUUUGGCUACCAGUGCUAAGUGGCUUGAAGACCAAGAAAAUGGUAUAGAAAUGUUUUGUUUGUGCUCCGCAAAAGCACAUACUUGAGACAAACACAUUCCCCCCCCCCACUCCCAAAAGUGUGUGUAUUGACAACAGUUUUGUAAUUUAAUAAAAAGGAGGACAUUGCAAUCAAAAACUUGCUUCAUGGUGGAUUUCUGCACUAAUUCCCAUUUUGUUAAAUGCAACUUAAUGAUCAUAAAAGUGAGCACAUGCCCAUUGCUGAACACUGGAAAAUGGAGACAUAUAAAAACAAAAUAAAAAUUACCCAUAAUCGCA